AAUCAACGAUUUGAUUCGAUUUAAUUCCACUUGAUUAGUUUCGGAUAAAAUUUUUGAUUCGAUUCGGCGUUUCAAGAAACCCUGAUGCGCACAUCUUUAAGAGCAACCAUAAAAUUAGUUAUAAGUCUACGAAAAAUCAAAGUGUAGGAAUUGAAAUAAGUUAAUUAAUUAUUAAUAAGUUUGUCUUACGGUCGACUUACGCUUAGAACAAAAUAAUAUUAAUUAUUAAUCUUUGGCAAGUUACGUGGGGUUUUUUAGACUCAAGAUGUACUUAAAAGCGUAAAAUCUUUUCAAAAAAUGCAGCGCCAGCGCUGUGUCCCUGUGAAUAUUAAAAGAAAAAAAAUAACAUUGCACUUUACUAAAUCUGGAAGGUUUUUAUUUCAGGCUCUCAUGAACCCCACGUGACUGAACUUUUCUCUUUCACCCACGUUCCUUGUGAAAGGUUAAUAGCAAAUAUUAAUAAGUAUAACACAAUUAUAUGUUAUGUAACAGACGAACUCAAUCGAUGUGUAUAGCAACUGUAGAAUUAGUAUGUUAUAUUAAAGUGGAGACGACCGGAUCAUUAGUAUUCUACUGAAAAAAUCAAAGUGCAGAUAGUGCGAUUGAACUUAAUAAGUUUGUCCUACCGUCGACUUGCGCUUGAGUAAACUUUGCACUGGGCACACGCAACGGCCGCCGACUUUGAUCGUCAUCGCGCGGGUAUUUGCCUCGAUGACGCGUGUGUCUCUGACGUCGAUGGAAUGACCGAUGACGAGAGGGAGAGAAGGGUGCGGGCAGUCUAGCAGACGGAGGCGUACCCCAUCAUGAAGAAGAGGAGGGAGAGCGGUAUCUCCGUGUCUCAGGGAUUUUCCUCGUGCUUGCCUCGUCUCGUCAGUCUCGCUAACGGACUCCGAGCGGCCGAAUCGUUGGUUCGCGGCUCGUUCCCCUUCUCUCUCCUCUCGCCGUUCGAGAUCGGUCGGAAGACAGGUCUUACCUGCGAGCGGAGUGCACGUUUCUCUCCAGCCACGUGCGUCAGCGUUCUCGUCUCUCCCCCCUGGAUCGUCCAUCGGCGAUCAUUUUAGUCACUCGGUCAGUUGCCGGCGAUUUUUGGAUUGCCACAUCACUCCGGACGAUUCCCGUAAGUCGCCGGACCCAGCCGGAUCUAAAGAUAACGAGGCGGAGAACGAGGAGGGGAAUUCUCGCAAGAAUUUGCGCAACCCCGAUCGGCACGAGUAUAUCUCGCUGGAUAGAAAGUUCGAAAGUCGCGAAAGUGCAGGAUUUCGUGGCGUGACACGAGUGAGGGGCACGAGUGUGCAAGCGCGAUCGGACCUCAUGGAGGAAGUGUAAUUUUUAUCAACCACGUGACUCAUAUAAUAUAUCAGCGGACAUAUAACUCAAUUGCGAUAAAUGAAGAGAGGAAUUUGAGUGAUCCGAAAGAAGCUGAAUCGCAUAAUAGAAGAUACAACCGAAUAAUGUAAUGAAGUAAAGCAGAUUUCCCUUCUAGAAAGAUCCUUUUCAAGUGUAAAGGUAGAAAAGUUUGGAAGAAAAAAGAGGAAGACAAGUGGAAAUCGUUAGAAGUGAAUAGAAAGGGAAGAGAGGAGAAGUACAAAACGAAUUGGAGGGAAGAGAAGCGUCUCAAACGAGUUAGAAAAAAAAAAGAUAAGGAAGAUACAGGAGAACACGCGAUCAACUUCGUAGCGAAGAGAGCGACGAGCAGUGGUGGCCGACUUCAUGCGGCGAGCGUGUGCGCGACCACAUGAUCCGCGAUUACAGCUGAUUGACCGCAGCAUGUACGCCCUGAAGAAGCCGAGACUUCUCCAGCCCGAUGGCGGUACUCUGUCCGCGUGUCAAGUGCGCGAGGAAUUUCUACAGCGCUACCAUGAGCUCUUGCAACGAUAUAUGGAUAUCGGGGAGGACAUCGGUGUCCCCGAAGAGUUCACGAAGGGUGAGAUGGUGUCGGGAAUGUGGUGGCGACAUUUAGUAUCUGGCGGAAUAGCAGGUGCGGUAUCACGUACCUGUACCGCACCCCUAGACCGUAUCAAAGUCUAUCUACAAGUCCACGGCACACGACACUGCAAUAUCAUGAGUUGCUUCAGGUACAUGUUGCGCGAGGGUGGCAUUAGCAGCCUAUGGCGCGGCAAUGGCAUUAACGUGCUCAAGAUUGGCCCGGAAACCGCGCUCAAGUUUAUGGCGUACGAGCAAGUGAAGCGGGCGAUCAAAGCGGACGACGAAGCGCGCGAGCUUGAACUCUACCAGCGAUUUUGCGCCGGCUCCAUGGCCGGUGGUAUCAGUCAGUCGGCUAUUUAUCCUCUCGAGGUGCUGAAAACAAGACUCGCAUUACGAAAAACCGGCGAAUUUAACGGUAUGGUGGACGCAGCUAAAAAAAUAUACAGACAAGGCGGUUUGAAAUCCUUCUACAGAGGCUAUGUACCUAAUCUGAUAGGAAUACUUCCCUACGCUGGCAUCGAUUUAGCCGUCUACGAAACGCUGAAGAACACUUACUUACGUACACACGACAAGAAGGAACAGCCGGCAUUUUGGAUUCUAUUGCUGUGUGGCACCGCGUCGAGUACGGCCGGUCAAGUAUGCUCGUAUCCGCUAGCGUUAGUGCGGACGCGACUACAAGCCGAGAUUGCACCCGAUCGUUCGCCUAACACUAUGAUUGGCGUCUUCAAGGACAUCCUCAACCGCGAGGGAAUACGCGGUUUGUACCGCGGUCUCACGCCUAAUUUUCUCAAGGUUGCACCCGCUGUAUCUAUUAGCUACGUAGUAUAUGAGCAUUUCCGACAAGCGUUGGGUGUCAACAUGACGUGAUGAACAUGCAUGCUAGGUGACUGAUUAAUUCAAUUAACUUAUUCUCUCUCUCCUCUCUCUCUAUCCUUCUCUCUUCACUCGUUAUAAAUAAUCGACAUGGCGAAUGAUUAUUUGGCGAUAAGACGCAUUCGUUCGUUCGUCUUUCCUCAAAAAAAAAAAAGAAAGAAAAUGGCGGUGUUUAUUUAUUGUUAUCGCUAACAUAAGAAAUUUCUUCGAUUAAUCGAGCAUUAUAUCUCGCAGUUUUUCAAAUAAUUUAUUAAGAUUUUAAUAUAUUUUUAAUAUUUUAAUAUUAAUAAAUUAGAUAAAAAUAAUGCGAAUCAAAAUAUAAUUGAUUGUCUAGCAAUUGCUGUUGUAUAGAUUGUUAUUAUUAUGACGCAAUGAUGCUUUAUUUCAGCAAGUAAAUACAGUACAAAGAAUGUCUUGCGUGUAAGAAAAGUAUUACGUGUAGUCUUUUUGUAAACAAAUUACGAGCAAGUUUUGAGUGGACAGCGAUCAAAGGAGGAAAGGCCAGUUCUCGAUUAUUUAGUAUAAAAACGUAUUUUAUCGGCGGAAACGUUUAAGUCAUCAUCAACAUUCAAUCAAGAAUUUGCAUAUUAUAUAAAUUAGUAUUAUAAUUAUUAUUUACUCAAUUAAUUUAUUUCAUUUCCAUAAAAGUUUUAAUUUUUUAUUAUUAUAGCUUAACAGUAUAAAAAUAGUAAUCACAUAAUAUUUAUGUGACUAUUCAUUAAUUAAAUAAAAAUAUUUUAAGUUUCUAUGUCCUAUAAGAUUAUUUCAGAAAUAAAAGAUUGUGAGAUCAGUUUUUGACUUGAGUGCCAGCAGAAAUACGUUUUGUAUAAUAUGUAAACGUGAUUUAAUGUCGACCUAAGGGAUUCCGUUUUAAUUAGAAGAAUGGAGGAUCGAAUUAUACAUUGACACUGUGAUAUGUAUAUGACUGUAAACUUUUCCGCAUGAUUUAUCAACACCAUACUUUGUAAAUUAUAAGAUUAUUGCUCCACAAAAUUAUGUAAAGUAAUUUGAUUCCAUUGAAAUACUAAGCAUUUUGUAUGAAAUAAACCAUUUUUAAUGUGUAAUUUUGUUACAAAAUAACAUUUUUUUUUACUUGAUCCUCAGGUUUUAAAGAUGUCAUUUCAUAUUUUUUAAUUAGAAUAGAAACAUAAAUUUCUUGUAAUGAAUAAAACAAAAUCUUAUAUUUAUAUAAUUUUUUUAACAAUAUCUUUUUUAUAUAAAGUAUAACAUUUUUUUAAGCUCAAAACACAAUUAAAAUUUUAUUUUUCAUAUUUUUUAAAAUGUUCUACAAGAUAUUCUAUUGAGAUAUAUUUGUACAGAUAUAUACACAGGAAAAUUAAUUCUAUAUUUUUAUUCUUUUUUUGUUCUUUUUAUUAAAUUCAAUUAUAUAUAUUUUUUUAUAAAUAGAAAAAUAAAUAUUAAAGCUUAAAAUAACUGAAAAAGAAUUUUUAACAUGUGCGUGGAUGUAUAAUACAUGCAUUCAUGAAAUUCUUGAUCAGAACUAUUAGUUAGUUUUAAAUUUCUUUUCAAUAUUUAUUUUUCUCCUAUAUAUAAAAAAAUAUAUUUCAGUAUAUGUUAUAAAUUUAUAUUAUUUCUUAGACUUUUAUUAAGAGUUAAAAAGAAAACAAAUAAUGACUCACUGGAUCAAGAUUCUCACAUAAUUCGGCGGUAAUAAUCGCUAUAUUGUUGUGAAUCAUGCGGCGCUCGGUUUUCAUUUCAAUCUUGUUAGUACUUCGUAUAUACACUCAAUUUCACCGGCCGUUGCGAUUUACUAUUAUAUAUUCCGGUUACUACGAUUCAUUCCCCUAGAUAAGUUUUAUGAACUUACAAACUAUGUAUAUUAUGUAUUUACAUGUAUUAUAAACAUGUACAGUUAGACAAACAUGUUGUUUAUCACCGAAUAUUUGGGGAAUAACGGUGACUCGUACACGAUAAAUACACCAAUUGCCUUCAAGGACAACACGAUAACGAUAAACUCUGGACAAGAAAUACUUAAUUUUAUUUAAAUGUUUUAAUUUGAUCAAAAUUCAAAUAGAAAACCCCCAAAAAAGAACUAAUAAAAAUAUAAUACAUUACAUUGCGGUUAUAGAAUCUUCUUUCAAAUUAAAAUUUCUACACGUCAACUUCUAAAUCUUCGGUGACGAUGAUUUUUACACAAUAAUUUUAUUUUAGAAGAUUAGUGAAAUAUUUAUCGUGAAUGAGUUAUUGGAUCGGACGUGAUUGAUAUUUUUUUUUAUAGCAAAAAUGUAAAUGAUAAUUUAUGUGUGUACAUAUGUGACAUUACACAUAUAUGUAUAUAUAUAUAUAUAUAUAUAUAUAUAUAUAUACACAUACAUAGUGUACAUGUUAUUUGCUAUUUAUUAUUGAUUGUGCAAAUUAAUACAGUAUAGGUACACACUUUUGCACGUUUUUAUUAUACCGAAUAUCUUGAAAAAAGAAUUAGUGAAUAAAAUAGUUACUGUUAUUA